AUCGUGGUCCAUUGUGGUAUUUCCAUAUAUGCUCUAAGGAUUUUUGGUGAAUGUUUGUUUUUAGUGACGUUAAAGAUGAUAGUUUGCGACAAUUAUUAUAAACAUUUGUAUGCCGGACAGCCUUCAAGAGCUGUUGUUUUAUGUGAUAUUUGUUUAAAAAUGGUUGAAUCUUGCAGUGCGGUGAAUUGUUGCAAUAGACGCAGAAAAGAUGUGAAAAUGAAGUUUCACAGGUUGGUUUUAAUCAUCUCAUUCAUUUUUGUGUGAGAAUUACCUGUUAAUCGGUAAUUCGAGAAAAUAUCUGGAUUUUUAGGAUACCUAGAGAUCCUAACAUGAGGAAGUUGUGGUUACAUGCUAUAAGAAGAGAAAACUUUGCUCCAAGUACAACAACGGUAAUUUGUGAAAAGCAUUUCACUCCAGAGGAUUAUGAAGUUAGUGUUCAUGGAAAUAAGAUACUAAAAAAGGUGGCAGUUCCAUCUGUGUUUGAUUUUCCAGCCCAUCUCAAGAAAGAACCUAGCCAUCGAAGGGUGUUGAAAAGAAAACAUGAAGAAUCCAACUCAAAAGCAACAGAACAAACUUUGGCUAUUGGUGAAGUAGUAGAAGAAUCUGAAAAUGGCGAUCAUGCUGAUGAUGGAAAUAUAUUGGCAGCUGGUCGGUCAAACAUAACACAAAAACUAGGAUUUUUAGAAUCAAGUGAACCUUCAAACAUAUGCAAGUUAAGGGUCAGAAGGUCACCAGUAUACUUUGGGGAUUUCAAAAUUUCUGAUUUAAAUAAUGUGCAGCGUCAGAAGAGAUUUUGGAAAACUGCUCAUGAAACUGUUCAUAAGUACAAAAAAAUUAACAAGUACAAUCAGUGUAAAAUUCGUAGACACAGAAAUAAAAUAAAAAGUCUGAAUAGUCUGGUAGAUGAACUACUUAAGGAGAAGAGAAUAUCUGCAGCUCAGUCAAUAGUAUUACCUGAAUUAUUAAUUACUUAUGUUUAUGUUAAAUACUCAUUUUUAUAUCUUCAAAUGUGUAAAGGAGAAUUUAUUGUCAAGUUUCAUACAUAUGUAUAUAUAAAUAAAUAAACUUGGUUUUUUAAUUAUAAUUACGUUUUCAAGAUUUUAUCUGGUUCCAGUUGCCUGAAUAACUUUUAAAUCUUCUCUAAGAAUCCUCGGUUUCCUAUGCAAUUC